CAAGGCAACACUCUAUACAAUAAAAGAAUCUGUUGGCUGACGAUCCUAUGAGUGAAGACGUUAUUGAAGAUCUUACAAGAUGGCGGACGACAAUGGUUUUAGCUGUUUUAAGUUAUUUUUCAGAAUUUUAUUUUCUCAUGUUGGCAUGUUAUUAUUGGUUGCUGGUUACACGAUUCUCGGAGCUUAUAUUUUUGUAUGGGUAGAGAAACCGGCUGAAGAAGAAAGAAGAUUAGAAAGAGAGGUUAUUUCUUUGACUGUUAAUGAUUCGCUAACUUAUUUAGUGAAUCUUUUUUGGUAUUGGCACACUAUAAACAACGAUUCGAAAGCGUCGUGGAACGAAAAAGUAUACGGGGAAUUGGAUAAUUUGAAUAAAUUUAUCAUCGAUGCCGUCACCGAUUAUGGUUAUGAUGGUACUUUCGUCAGAGAAGAGUGGGAUUACGAUUGGACUCUUAGUAACUCGUUGCUCUAUGUUGUUACCAUUUCUUCGACUAUAGGUUACGGUCACAUCGCUCCCGUGACUCAAUUAGGAAAGUUAGCCACCAUACUAUACGCCAUCGUUGGGAUACCUUUACUUUUAGUGUGUUUAGCUAAUAUUGGUGAUGCCAUGGCUUCCUGUUUUCGUUGGAUAUACAGUCGCUUGUGCUGUAGAUGGUGUCGAGCUCGUAGGAGGAGGGCCGAAUAUACACCACUUAUGGUGGCUCAGAUGGGAGGAAGAUUACCUCCUCUCCAUAGCGACGAAGUUGGUGAAGAAGAGUAUAUGCCGACAACACAGGUUGUGGUUCCUAUCGUACUUAACCUGAUCUUAAUAUCCAUGUAUAUCUUAAUUGGAGCCAUAUUAUUCGGUUUCUGGGAAGGUUGGGAUCUCUUGUCUGCUGCCUAUUUUACCUUUGUAACCCUGACAACCAUAGGAUUUGGAGAUUACACACCAGGAAAAUCCUUCUUAAACUAUAAGGAUGGAGUAUCCGCAUCGAUGACCAUGGUUGCAACGUGCGCGUACGUGUUGCUUGGCAUGGCUUUGGUCAGUAUGUGCAUUAAUUUGAUGCAGGAGCAACUGAUCGAGAAAGUCAAGUGGUUCGGAAGAGAAAUUGGACUCAUAAAAACACCCACCGAAGAAAAAAGUAGAUCGCCUUCCAUACAUUCUUCCGAUACUGGACAAAAAUACUAAAAAUGUGUGCGAAAAUGUGUGCGAUUUUAAAUACAAUAUUUUUUAUUAGAUGUUUUUCUAGCACAAUAAACGAGUGCUCAUUCAAAAUGAGAGUGCUUCAAUUUGUAAAUAUGUGGAUGUGCCUUAUGUCACGUUUGUUUGAUCAAAAUCAUCACAUUGAGUUAACUCAAUAUUGCCCUCCCCCACGAUUGUUAAGAAUUUUAAACAGAUAAUUAAUAAAAAUGGAAUGUUUGCAUAAUGUCUAAUUUUUUAAAAUUAUGUUUGUAGUGUAAAUUUUGAGUUUUGUAGUCAAUAAGAUCAAA